AACUUCAACUUCAACUUCAACUUCAACUUCAACUUCAACUUCAAGCUACAACCACAACUACAUUUACAUACCUUUCAACUCAACCAACUCUCCACAACCACAAAGUCAUCAUGUCUCAAUCCAAAGACCAAAAGAUCGCCAACACGCAGUCCAACCUCCCCCUCCCCGAUCAACCCCCCACAGCCUCGGACUGGCAAUCCGCCGAUGCCCGGACCGUCAACGUCGGUGCUGGUGGUGAGAAUGCUAGGGUUGGUACAGAUGCCGCUGCACGGGGUGGUCUGCGGGAGCCGGCUACGCAGGGUGAGGGUAUGGAUAUGAGCUCUAUUGGACGGGAGGGUGUUGAGAAGAGGGAGGAGUCGCAGCGAUAGUCGGACUUUUAUAGUAUAAUGAAUGAAAUGACACGAUCUUGACUUG